UUUUAUUUUUUGUUGUACAUUAACAAUACACCUUCAAACACGUUUUCAAGCAAAAAUGCACAUCUUAAUGUUCAAGAAAACCUUAAAUCUCCAUUGAAGUUUCAGUCCCUUUUCAAUUUAUAUACACACAUAUAUUAUAUUGUAAACAUUUCUGAAACUAAUCUUCAUUACCCUUUUCCACUCCCAAAAAAAAAAAAAAAAAAUGGCAGAAAACGUUGUUAGCUUUCUGCUGGAUAAUUUGGCACGUUAUCUUACUCAAGAAGUAGAUUUGCUUCAUGGGUUUGAAGACGAAGUGAAAAUGCUUCAAAAUGACCUCACCAUGAUUGAUGCUUUCCUCAAAGACUCCGAAGCAGAACAAAACGAAAACGACGAAGUUCAAGAGGUCGUUGAACAAAUCAGGGACGUUGGUCGUGAAGCAGAGGACGUUGUUGAUACUUGUGUUGCAAACCUCAUAAUGCAAAGAAGAAAGAAAUCGCUAUCAAAGUUAUUGAAUCGAUUUAGCCAUGCAAGCAUGCUUCGUCAUGUUGUGGAGAAGAUAAAAAGUCUCCAGAAGACAAUCACUCAGAUUUACGACAACACAGAUCGAUACGGCAUCCGACAAAUUCAUCCUAGUCCUCUCAUUUCAGACACGGAGCAAAUACCUCUUCAAAGAAGAAGGUGGGAAAAUGUUGAAGAAUAUGAUGAUGAUGAUCAUGUGGUCGGCUUUGAACAAGACGCGACGACAUUGGUAAAGUAUCUAACGGACGGGGACUCAGGACGACAUGUCGUUUCACUCUUCGGUAUGGGGGGUUUGGGUAAGACCACUCUUGCUGAGAAAAUCUAUAAUGAUUCUCGUAUCAAGAAUCACUUCGAUUGCCAAGCUUGGGGUUAUGUAUCUCAACAAUACAGGGGCAAGGACUUGUUUUACGGAAUGUUGAAGUGUUUGACUCCAAUAUCAUACGAGAUGCGCAAAAUGUCCGAAGAUGAACUGAAAAACACAUUGCGUGCAUUUCUUCGAGAAAAGAGGUACUUUAUUGUCAUGGAUGAUAUAUGGAAAUUAGAUGUUUGGAACGAGGUAAGACAAGUUCUUCCCGAUUCUUUCAAUGGAAGCAGAAUAUUGAUCACUACUCGUGUAAAAGAUGUGGCUAUGUAUUCUAGCCAAACUCCUCCCUAUGCUUUGUCAUUUCUUGAUAACAAAACAAGUUUCCAACUCUUUUGUAGGAAGGUAUUUGGAAAACAAAAAUGUCCUUCCGAUUUGGAAAAUUUGGCAAUGAAACUUGUUAAAAGUUGCAAGGGAUUACCAAUUUCUAUUGUUGUUCUUGGAGGUCUACUUGCAAAUAAAAGAAAGAAUUAUGAAACAUGGUCCAAAUUGUUUGGUAAUAUCAAUUUCAAUUAUUCUCAACAGAUGAGAUACUUGGACAUCUUGGCACUAAGUUACAAUCAGUUGCCAAGAAAGUUAAAAUCAUGUUUUCUGUACUUGAGCGUCUUCCCUAUAGACUACGAGAUCCCAGCUAGACAAUUAAUCAAAUUAUGGUUGGCUGAAGGAUUUAUACAAAAAAUUGAUGAAAGAAAGGUGGAAGAUGUUGCAGAAGAAUACUUGAUGGAACUUAUUCAUAGAAAUUUGAUCCAAGUAGCAAGUAGAAGAACCGAUGGAGGUGUGAAGACAUGCCGUAUCCAUGAUCUUAUAAGAGACCUUUCCAUAUUCGAGAGUGCUAGGGAGAAGUUUCUUGAAAUCCAUUCAGAAGACAGCCUUUCAUCAAUAAGCAAAGCCAGGAGACUUUCAAUACAAGGGAACAUUUCUGAAUACAUCUCAACAGACCCUCGUGAUCCAUGUCAUGCUCGUUCUUUAGUUAUGUUCGGAGAAGGAAACAAAUUUGACAUGAAGCACUGGAGAUGGAUUCACAAAAGCUUGAAGUUCAUCCGGGUUUUGUGCCUCGAAAAUAUGCAUGUAGACUCAAUUCCAAAGGAAAUUGGAAAGCUGAUUUUUCUAAGGUACUUAAGGAUAUGGAGCGAAACACUCGUAAGAAUUCAUUCAAUUCCAUCUUCCAUAUGCAAGCUUCAGUACCUAGAAACAAUUGGCAUAAAUGGUCAUGUAGAGGAGUGCUUGCCAAUGGGAUUUUGGAAGAUGAAACAGCUGAGGCAUUUGAAAAUUUCCGGCGGAAUUAGAUUCCCUUCCACCCCAGCUCCAUUUGAUGACAUUUUGCUUAACCUCCAAGUCCUUUCUUACCUACUUGUUGAUGAGAAAACUACACAUCUCAACGCUCUUUCCGGAGUUCCAAAUGUAAGGAAGCUGCAUUUGAAGUACGAUGUGUCAAAGCCUAUGAAUGAGUUUGAGGUGGCAGAACUAUUGGAAAGCUUGGAGAAUCUAAAACAGCUGCAAAAAUUGAAACUUUUUGAUAUCCCAAAAUCCGAGCCACGUUCGAAUUUGUUCCCUCCGACACUCAUAAAGCUAACCUUCAUAAGAUCCUACUUGAACUCAGCCCAUUUCAGAAUCCUUGGAAAACUUCCAAACCUUCAGUUCCUCAAGAUAAAAGGUAAGUUUUUGGGUUUCAAUAUACUUCACCCUCUCUGCUGUGUUGCAGGGGAGUUUCCUAGUCUCCAAGUCUUCCAAAUGAUCGGUUUGGAAAUUGAAAAAUGGGAAAUGGAGGGCGGAUCAAUGCCGAAACUUGACCGUUUGGUCAUCUUUGAGUGCUAUAAAUUGAGAAAUCUGCCAGAAGAGCUAUGGUCCUCAACUCCCUUGAGACUUGUGGAGGUGUCUAGGAUGUCGGAAAGUUUUAUGAAGAUGAUCAAGGAAUUGAAAAUGAAGGAUGGAUGUAAGAUCCUAAUUGACUCUAACCCACAAAAUAUCUGAUUAAUGAGAGCCAGAAUUUCCUUGUUCAAAGUUAUUUUAGCUUGGCUAGACCAAGUAUCCAACCAUGCAUUUCGAUGGAACUUCCUCUGUUUUUCUCUGUUUUAUUAUUAUUAUUUAUUUGAUGUUUUGGUUGUAACAUUAAGUUUGUUUGAAGUUGUAAUUUGCAAGAAAAUAAAGAACUUUGUUACAUGGUGUAUUGUGAAAUACACUAUAUUGUAAUGUGCAGAAAAAUAAAAACUUGUAUAUAUUGUAUAUUGUGUAAUACACUGUGUUGUAAUGUACAUUGUAUAUUGUGUAUACACCAUGUUGUAAUGUGCAUUAUUUCGUUUCAAAUUAUAAAUGAUUUGCUUUACUCUUCA